UUAGUCAAUUAUACAGUACAAUUACAAUUGUAGCAGGUCUUCCAAAGACAACCAAGCAAAACUCUACUGCCAAGUCUAGGAUAGAGCAUGCAAAUAUCUAAUUUGCAAUACUGCUUCAAGACGAUAGGACAGUGGAUUACACUCCCCCAUCACACCCACAUUGGACAACAGCCAGCGUUGCUUAAGCAAGAUCAGCAUGCUAGAAAUCACAUGGAGUACCACCCCUUGGACAGCCAACAUGCAGCAGGCCAUCAUGAUUGGAGAUGAUCUGGUGAAUGAUGUCGGCGGGGCUCAGCAGUGCAGGAUGAAGGCUCUACAAGUGAGGAUGGGAAAGUACAGGCCCAGCGAUGAGAAGCACCCCACGGUCAAGGCAGACGGUUAUGUGAACAACUUGGCUGAAGCUGUGGACAGGAUCCUGAAACACUUGGGUGAAUGAAGGUGGUGUCAAGGGCGCUAGCACUGAGAUUCAUUCAACACAGGGCUCCUUUAGUAGAGAAGUGCCCCUUUGAUAACACGUACUGCACCAUGACGACUCAUUAGUGGCUAACCCACUAAACUUGUUUAAUAGUAGGAACCUGACAUUGUAACUACAUGCAUGUUAGACAAGUCUGACACAUGAAAGGGAUUUAUUAAGUUCUUAAAUAAAUACAUGAGAAUUGUUAUGGUGUCUCUUUUUAUUUAGCUUAUAUACGUGGGUGGGAACAUGAAUGGCCUUUGUCAUUGUGACAGAGAUCACACAUCAGUCUGGGAUGUUGUGGACGUUGCAAAGUAUGACCCCACUAUUUAAAUAAUUCAUUUUAUAAACAAAAUGCCAGCAUUGUAUUUUGUAAAGUAUGAGUGUUGAGAAGAAAAGCUUUCAUUUUAGCUUCAGGCCACAUGCUUGUAGAAUGUGGUUUUCUUAACGAGAAUUACCCUAAACUGAAUCAGGUUAAAACUAAACACAUUUCUUUUUGUAAUUUCUUAGAAAACCCCAAAUUAGACUCCACUCGACGAAGGAGGAUGGCCUUGCAGACUAUUUUACCACACUACGUUUACACAGGAAUUCAGUGCUUUGUCUUUACUUCAGAAAAUCAGAGUAGUUCUAACGCCAGCCACAGAAAGAGG